GGUAUGCGGAUACGUCGUAUGACGGGGCUGCUGGACAGGUGGGGAGACGGAGCGUGGAUGAGAGGUUGUGAUCUGGAUGUAACGCAGUCUGGGUGCGAUCCAUCACUUUCAUCUCCCGUGAAGGCUUCCAGACAGCCUGUAUACGUCGACUUUAUCUCUCUUGCCCUGCAUCCGCUGGUCUGGGAUGAAAGGGGGGUACGAUCUAGGCCGGGCCAUCACUGGUUUGCACUUUUCUCCCAGCUACGUCCCCCACCUUGACUUUCUAGUUGAUCACUUCUUCUCUCGUGAUGAUGCCGUCCACUGCUCUGGAUUUACGCCGACUCAACUGCACAUCUGCUUGAGGGCUUGCUCAGAAUGUCACUCUGGCCACAUCAACACCAGCUUCCACAGCCUGGAUAUUUCUCAUCACUAUCCUUCGCUCUUUACCACUCACUUGGAUGUUAAUCGCUGCUUCUCGUCGUCUGUGGAUGUUUGUUCGCUUUCACUGCUCUGUGCUCGGUACUGCCAGAACACCCACCUCGGUCUCGCUUCCUUCGUCACAGUCAACGGACGUGAUUAUUACGUGUUCUCAGAACAUGCAGAAGUAGGGAUACCGUGCCUGCUAUUCUCCAAUUAUUCACACACGCUCACCGUAGCUUCAACCUCCAUUCUGCCACGCUUUAUUACGACUCACGAGAGCUAAUCGACAAGGCACGCCGUGGUAGGGAGAUAGUCUACGCUGACGACAGACACACUGCCCGGAAGGCGCAUAUCGUAGAGGCCAUGGUGAAGAGCUAGCACGUGAAGUCCCU